AUGCGGGCGAUUCCGGCGGCCGCCGUUGUCCUGCUGUUGCCGGCCGGCUGCGUGUCCCUUGGCCAGCUGUCCAUCGGGGGCCAGCAGUCCGUGCGGGACACGGAGGACUUCAGCGAGCUCUACAAAGACUUCGACGCCGACGUGCAGGCGCUCCUGCGCGGCGGCACCGGCGGUGCGGGCGACCCGCUCCUCGAGGGCCCCUCCACGUACGUGCUGGAGGAGCCCGGCAGAAUGCAGCAGGACGGCCCGGCCCAGACCGAGCCGGGGAGCCAGCCGCAGGGGCUGGCAGCCGACGACCUGGCGUCGGAGGACGCCCAGCUGGCCGCCGACCUGGCGGAGCCGGUCGUCGCUGGCGCCGGGGCCGCGCUGGCCGAGACGUCGCCGCAGGCCCCCGGCGACUCGGCGCUGCCCCCCGAGCAGGGCGCCGGCGCGGAGGCGCCGGAGCGGGCCGCCGGAGGCGCGGAGAUCUCGGCCGAGCCGCUGGGGGAGCCGAGUGCGGACGAGGCGCCCCCCGCGGUGGCCCUGGAGGCUCUGCCGCUGGUGCCCGGGAUCCCCGAGGCGGCCCCGGCGGUGGCGCUGCAGGCCCUGCCCAUGGUGCCCGGGGGCCCGCGGCCUCCCUCGGCCUCGGCGGUUGCGCUGGAGGCCCUGCCCAUGGUGCCCGGGGCCCCGCGGGCUCCCGCGCAGGAGCGGCGCACCGUUUCCCCCGUGGAUCUCCACAACCAGGAGCUGACCACAGAGACCAUGGAGGAGGCGCCACCCAACCUCGACGACAUCCUGGCCCGCACGGAGAAGAUCGCAACGAUCUUGGCCCAGGACUCUGGCACGCUCGCGGUGGAGCUGAGCGAGCUGACGAGGAAGCUCAAGGCCAGCCGGGCCGGCGCGCAGCGCACCCUGGCCGCCGAGGCCACGCCGCCGUCCAUCCCCGCCAGCGACCUGGAGCAGGGGCCGACGCCCGAUCGGCCCGGCGGCGCAGACGCAGGGAAAGAUAAGGAGAAGGAGAAGAGCGGCGGCGGCUGGCUUGAGAAAUCGACCAUCAGCAGCCCCAUUCUGACGCUGAACCACCAGCUUGCGGACUACCCCACGUACAUGUUCUGGUCCGGGGUGGGGCUACUCUCCAUCAUCGUAUGCUGCUCGUGCUGCGUCCGCCCGAUGAUGCGUCGGCGGCAAGAGGCGAGGGACGGCCGCCUGCUGUGA